CGCAGCCGCACCGGCACCGGGCUGCGAGCGGCGGCGGGGCCCGGAGAGCGGCGAGGGCGAACCGGGGCAGCGCCGCCUCCUUCCUCCUCCUCCUCCUCCUCUUCUCCUCCUCCUCCUUCCAGCCGGUGCCGCGGAGCGCAGGAGCCACCGGGGGCGGGAGCGGCCCCGCAUGCGGCCGGUGCCCGCGGGGGGAUGCGCCGCGCCCCGGCCCCGCCGCCGCCGCAAACUUUCCGCGGGGCCGUGAACGGGCAGGAGGAGGAGGAGGAGGAGGAGAGCGACAAAUCCCUGAGGGGGCGACCCCAAAAAAAUCCCUAAAAAACUACCCCAAAAAGCGGAGCUUUUCCCAGCCGGCGGUUCCUCGGUAAAACUUACCGAACUCGGCGCGGGGAAGCACCGGGAGGGGAAGAACCGGGAGGAGAAGAACCGGGAGGGGAAGCACCGGGAGCAGAACCAGCACCGGGAGGGGAAGAACCGGGAGAAGAACCGUGAGGAAAAGAACCAGAGAGCAGAACCGUGAGAAGAACCGUGAGGAGAAGAACGGGGGGAAGAACCAGGAGCAGAACCAGCACCGGGAGGGGAAGCACCGGGAGCAGAAGCAGCACCGGGCGGAGAAGAAGCGGGAGGAGAAAAAGCACCGGGAGGAGCAGCAGCACCGGCAGGCUCCGCUCGAUGCGGCGCUGAGCCCCCGCGGCCCCGCGGAGCCAUGGCCAUGGUGGCCGGCGCUUGGGGCGAGCCGAACGGUGGCGGAGCCGGUGGCACCGGGGGCGGCGGCGGCGGCGGAGGGGAGGAGGCGGCGUCCCCCGGCGGCGGCGGCAGCGACGCGGAGCACGGCGAGGAGGAGCGGCCCGGGGCCGGCGCGGACUGCGUGGUGUGCGGGGACAAAUCCAGCGGGAAGCACUACGGCGUGUUCACCUGCGAGGGCUGCAAGAGCUUCUUCAAGCGCAGCAUCCGCAGGAACCUCAGCUACACCUGCAGGUCCAACCGGGAUUGUCAGAUUGACCAACACCACCGGAACCAGUGCCAGUACUGCCGCCUCAAAAAGUGCUUCCGAGUGGGCAUGAGGAAGGAAGCCGUGCAGCGGGGCCGAAUUCCCCCCAGCCACUCCAGCAGCAGCCCCAAUCCCCUCCCAGCUGGUGACUUCUUCAACGGGCAGCCGGUGUCGGAGCUGAUCUCGCAGCUGCUGCGCGCUGAGCCCUACCCGGCGGCGCGCUACGGCUCGCAGUACGCGCAGCAGCAGCAGCAGCCGCCGGGCAGCGUUAUGGGCAUCGACAACAUCUGCGAGCUGGCCGCCCGCCUGCUCUUCAGCACGGUGGAGUGGGCGCGGAACAUCCCCUUCUUCCCCGAGCUGCCCGUGUCCGACCAGGUGGCCCUGCUGCGGCUGAGCUGGAGUGAGCUGUUCGUGCUGAACGCGGCGCAGUCGGCGCUGCCGCUGCACAUGGCGCCGCUGCUGGCGGCCGCCGGCUUCCACGCCUCGCCCAUGUCGGCAGAGAGGGUGGUGGCCUUCAUGGAUCAGAUCCGGGUCUUCCAGGAGCAGGUGGAGAAGCUCAACCGGCUGCAGGUGGACUCGGCCGAGUACAGCUGCCUCAAGGCCAUUGCCCUCUUCACGCCCGACGCCUGCGGGCUGUCGGACCCGGCGCACGUGGAGACGCUGCAGGAGAAGGCGCAGGUGGCGCUGACCGAGUACGAGCGCUCACAGUUCCCGUCGCAGCCGCAGCGCUUCGGGCGGCUCCUGCUGCGGCUGCCCGCGCUGCGCGCCGUGCCCGCUGCCCUCAUCUCACAGCUCUUCUUCAUGCGCCUGGUGGGCAAGACGCCCAUCGAGACCCUGAUCCGCGACAUGCUGCUGUCCGGCAGCACCUUCAACUGGCCCUACGGCGCCGGGCAGUAGGGACGGAUGGACGCACGGACGCACGGACGGACAGCAGGAUGGAUAGAUGGACGCAUGGACAGAUGGGCAGUGGGACAGAUGGAUGGACAGCGGGACGGAUGGACAGCGGGACAAGCCAGACAGCGGGACAGAUGGAUAGUGGGAUGGGCCGGAGAACGAGAUGGGCCGGACAAUGGGAUGGGCCAAAAUGGGAUGGGCCAGAUAAUGGGACAGGGCGAACAGUG